AUCUACUGACCCCAACUGCUCCUCUUCCUUAUCCUUUCUUUCUUAUCCUCUCGCGUUCCUAGCCACACAACCAUUCUUCCCCUGCGUCCUCUCCCUCCCGUGGUCUACCUCCAAAUAAACAGCUCGCCGGCGGUGGAAGAGGUGUGUGGCGAGCGAGCGACCCCGGAGGAGCACAAACGAAGAUGCAGAGGUGCGUAGAAGACGACUGUCGGCGAGCGGAGGUGUGGUGCUUCCAGCUACAACGGCAGCCUGUGGAUGCUGGCAAGAGUGACCAGCAAAUUGAGGGCGAGAUACGACGCGAGCUCGACGACGGGGCGCUGCGGCCAUCUCCACCAGGGUUGCCAUGGCCGGUAAGCACGGUCGCCCAAGGAUGCGGCGGCGAGCAUGGGUUGCCGGUGAACACGAUGCCGAGAACGAGCGUGGGGCGGCCAAUGAUGCGUCGGCAAGAGCAUGUUGCCGGCGAGCAUGAGGCCGUGGACGAGCGCGGGCGGCCCAAGGAUGCUUCGGCGAGAGCGGGUUGCCGGCAAGCAUGAGGCCGAGGAUGAGCGCAGGCGGCGCAAGUGGAAGGCGAGCACGGUGCUAGAAAAAGCUGCACGAGACGGUGAAAUACAGGGACCUGCGUGAGGGCGAGAUGCGUCAGGAGGAAGAUAAUGUCCGGAAGAAUCGUUUCCUUUUUCUAUAUAUCCAACGGCCAGGGCUAGUGGCAUCUGGCGGCUAGGGUGCGACCGGCCGAAACUUUCGGCCGGCGCACCGGCGCCCAGUAUUGCCCAAAUAAAAAGGUACCAAGCGCAUCCGUGAAGUUUCUGCAUACACUGAAAACGAAAAAGGUUUGCGUCCUCGGAGCAACACCAAUCAGACUUCAAUCAGGACAUGGUUCUACACUACAGACCACAGACUACAGACCUGACAAAACUGUAUCCGUCAUGACGACGCGCGGCUCCGUGUCGACACAAUACCAUCAACCGAAGCAUCAAUGCUACAGCAGCAUGCAUGCUAUCCUUACGCCGCGAAAAAGAAGACGGAUUCUUCCGUGCGUGGCACAAGCUUCAUCCCUGGAUCAUGGAAUCAGAUGCCGAGCUCAGCUCAAAGCGGGAGGAAAAGGCAAAGUUUACGGAAUCUGAUGUUCACCGCCGCAUUUUCUCGGCCGCUGUUAAUGUUAUCCCGAUGCCAUCUUCUUUGCCAACAUUAUCAUCUUGGACAGCUCUCUCAUGCCGACCAGCGCACGAGGCAGGACCGUAGGCGCCAAAAGGUCAUCAAAUUCCGUGUCCACUCCUUUACCACGAAACCGUGAUGCUUCUAGCCAUCCUGCAGCUAUAUAUAUGCCACCGCCGGCUUGAACUGCUGUUGCAUUGCACCCAACGAAAAGUUCAGACUUUAGAGAAACCAACGAGAAGUUCAGACUUCAGAGAAACCAACCAGCCAUGGGGGCGGCGCCGUCGAGACAGGAGGCGUCCACCGCCUCGUCGCCCACCGGCGAUGGCCGUGUCGCGCCGACGGCGCUCAGCGCUUCUACUACUUCUGACACCGCCAACCAGGCGCAGUCCAAGAGGGCGCCGGCUCCUCACAUGUUCCGGGAGAUCGUCGCCGGGGAGAAUGUCGCCGACGUAGCCGCGCUGGAAGAUCAGGUCUGCAAGGGGAUCUUCUUGGCCGGGAAAACAAAGAAGUACUGGGUGGAUGAAAAAACCAGGCACAACUGCUUCAUGCUGUUCCCCAGAGGCCUACACAUCACCUGGAGCGAAGACCCCAAGUACUGGACUUGGCACCCCCUGCGAGAAGGAAGCGACGCCGAAGCCGGAAUCGAGACGGUGGCGCUGCAGAACGUCUGCUGGCUGGAGGUCCAAGGGAAGCUGGAGCUGUCCCAUCUCACACCAGGAGCCACCUAUGAGGUUUUCUUCGAGGUGAGGCUCGACGACCCGGCUUACGGAUGGUCGAUGCCGGUGAACCUCCGGCUCAAGUUCCCUGAUGGCACGAUCCAGCAGCACAAGGAGAACCUGGAGGAGAAGCCCAGGGGGAAGUGGCUGCUGGUCAAGGUUGGGGAGGUUAAGCCACACAAGGGGCAGAAUGGAGAGGCUGAGAUCUCCAUGUUUGAGUAUGAUGGUGGGCAGUGGAAGAGGGGGCUCCUCAUCAAGGGCAUCAAGAUCAUCCCAAAAGAAUGAAUGAUCUGAUUGUGCUUUGUUACGAACAAUCGCUGGCUGUUGUUUGUCGGCUACGCUAAGAUCAGUUUGAUGCAUGGGAAUAAUAUCAAGAGUUUUGAAUGAA